AUGGCGCUAGCUGUCUGCAGGCUGCUGUCUGUUUCCGUCAUACUUUGCAGUUUUUACAAUUCGUUUGCCGAAUUUCAACAUAACGGGAAAAAGUUUAAAGUACUUGAGCUGAAUAAAGAAAUCACUGUUGGUGAUAAUGAAUUUGUUGUAUACUGCUAUCCGGGUGAUACUAGUACACUCUCCAAAUAUGCUUAUAUUUUUGGUAGUGUGGAGGUGUCAUUCAACCCAGUGUCAGGGGUCAAUAAUUAUAAUCUAAUUGUAGCCGAGAAUGAAACCAUGGUACAUAUUUUAAAAGGAACACCUAACCCAUUGACACAAGCGUGGAAACAAUUAUGGCUAAGUGUUUCGUCGUACCAUCCAUCAACAGAACACUUGAAACUCUCCCCUUUUACCAAGACCUGCUUUGGACUGGAGGGCAGUAACACAACUAUCAAGACAAAGUUACGAAUGAUUGAUCCAAGGUACCUUGGUCUCUUCAUUUUAGGGUUAAUCUUGUUUUUUCAAGCAAACCGGCUUAGCAAGAGUGCUCUAUUCUACUAUAGUACGGGGGUGUCAGCUGGUGUUGUUCUCUCUCUACUUAUAGUUGUUUAUGUCCUUGGAAAGUUUGUACCUGCAAGGAAGGCUUCUGUUGUUUUUGUUACAUUUGGAUGGUCAUUCUCCGCUUAUUUCUUCUCAUGGCUUUGGAAAAAGAUAAUUAUUGACAGAGUGCUGCCAGAAAGUACAUACAUGAGGGUUAUAUUUGCAUACAUAGCAUUAGCAGCACUGAUCAGUUUUGCGGUAUGUUAUCGAUACGGCCCCGUAAAAGAGCGAAGGACGUUGAAUUUGAUACAAUGGAGUAUAUGGCUGUGUUCUUGGUUGCUGAUAUUCAAUGGAACUCAGAUUCCAGAAGUCUCAGUGAGUGUUAUUAUUGCUCUGUGGCUCUGGACAAUUCUACCUAAGAAAUCAUUUAUGCAUGCUAUCCAUCGGCGAUGGAGAGUCUGGUUUCCUCCUCGAGUCAGGCUGCUCACAGAAGAGGAGUACAUGAUUCAAGCUCACAGAGAAACACAAAAAGCUCUAAGAGAAUUAAAGCAAUAUUGCAGAAGUCCAGACUGUGAUGCUUGGAAAGUAAUAUCAAGGUUGGAUUCUCCAUCAAGGUUUGCUAAAUUUGUAAGUGGUGAUGAGCUGCAUAUCACAGACAACGAGUAUGCAGCGCAUGUAGUGGAGUCUGAUAUUUCAUUUGAUCUACCACAAGAUGACGAGGAGGAGGAAGAGAUGGAAGCACCUAUGACAUCUGACAGUGCAGAAGAUACUAUGUAAUCAACUGUCAACUAAAUUGUGUGCAAUAUUGUUUUAAACUGUACCCGGUGUUUACUCGCCAGGUUUGAUCAACACAUUAAUCAGUGGACGUAAUAACAAAAUCAUUUGUGUGGGGUGUUUAACAGCACGUGAUCAGUGAUGUAUCCAAGAGUUCUUGCUUCCUUUACUUGUAAAAAUUACUACAAUUUGAACAGCUAACUAGGUCUAAUGUACAGAUGUUUUAUAUUUUACUGAAAGUCUUACUUGUCUUAAAAAUGUCAUAAUCUAACUUUCUUGCAAUUUUUAAAAUCUGAAAAAGUCUGAUAUACGAGAAAUAUUAAUUUAAUUUGAAAAAGUCUGAAAACUAGUAAUCUCAGCAAUUUCUAAUUAUUUCAUCUGGCUUUGAUUGAAACCAAUUGUGCCAUAUCGAUUAAAUGUGAUGUGCAGUGUGGUUUCUGAUAAAUGUUUCUUUUUAUACGUUUGUCACUAAAUCAGCUCUUAAAUUCAUAAACAAAUUGGUUUUAUAAAGUCCAUAAAAGGUUUGAAAACCUGUGUAACAGUACAUCAAUCGCAAUGGUACAUGUUCAGUUCACCACUUAGAGAUGAAAAAUAAAAAUGGUUUUUGUCUGUAAACCGCUCUGAAAACUGGUUGACCUCAUGAAAAUAUAGUUGAACACUCUGAAUGUCAAACCAGCUUCUGGCAAUUUUCACAUAAUAACACGCACCAGUCAAUCAUGUCAGAAAAAACACUUUCUUUGUGAAAUUCAGUAGUAUUGCAACUGAUGCUAGAAGUGGAUCAAUUUUACUUCAUUGCCUGUGAUUCGAAUACAUUGUUUUUGUAAGCUAAAUAAUACUGGUAACGUGUUUAGCCACUUCACAAACUGAUAAGAUAGCAUUAUGAACAAAUCAUAAUUUGUUCAGAUUCAUGUUAGCAUGUGCCUGUGGGUGAUGAUUUUUUCAUUUUUAUUCAAUAGUACAUAUAAUUAUCUCCUUCAAAAAACACAUGGUUUGAAACAAAACAGAAUGUAAAAUAUAGGUGACUGGCAAGGAUUUAGGAGAUUGGAGCACUGUUGUAUGAUCAAUUUUUAAUAGCUGCAAUCAUACUAUAAUAGAGGUGGCUAACAUGAUUUCCAUAAAAAAAAAUACAUUUGCCCCAAUAUUUUGAGUUUUAAGUUAUCUAAUCGGUAUGAAGUUGUAUUUGAAAAUGAUAGUGUUUGUUUUGAAUGCAGAGAAAGCACUCUAUAGCCCCACAAUCGAGAUGAGAAGCUGCAGUUGCUAUUUUACUUAGUUAAUACUUAUUUUGAUUUUUUAAUGCAAGAAUGUUUUCUUUUUGCUGAAAGUUUCCCAGGCCUUAACCAGAUUUUCAAAAAUAAAAGAAUAGUUUACAAACAGCAUAUCAGAAUUACAAAAUUACCUUAGGUAGUAGUUUAUUUUAAAUGUGCUCACUUUUACUGUUAAUUUCAAUGUGUAAUAUCAUUAAAGCUUGUCUGUUUCAAUCUUUUUUAAAUCGGAAUUUUGAGGUCAUAGUUCAAUGUUGCUGAACAGAUCUUUUUAAUAGUUUGUGCCUAGUAAUGAAGUGCUUCUCUGAUGAAGGCAAGUGUAAACGAUGCAAAUGUGUAGUUGUUUGUUAAUUAGAAUACACAAAUCUUGAAAAAUGUAGACAACUACAGGUUAAAACAGUAUUGACACAUCACUAACUCUGUCAUAUCACAGCAGCUGCUUCAUCCAUAGAGCGAUGCAACUUUUAGGAAUGGUCUAUUUACUACAUGCAUACAUGCACACAUACAGAGCUUGAACUUAUGGAGAUAUCAAUAAUUGCCUCAUUACUGUAGGAGUCUUCAUUUAAAUAAUACAAAUUGUUAUUAUUCCUAGGUUAUGGUUAAUAAUCAGAUUCUACUGCUUCCAACAUUUUGUUGGGUCUUAUCCGCAAAUCUGAAAUUCAGGCCCUACAUACAAAUACCAUAUUCUUUGUACCUGUGAAGGCUUGUAUGUUAGAACCAGCCAUCAAAGUUGUCAGUUAUAUUCAAGAGCACUCCAUAAAUGGGUCAAUCAUAUGCUAUCUUCAGUAUUGCAUAUGAAAUUCUGUGUCAAUCGAAACCCAGUUUCAAUUAUGCACAGUUGCCUGCAGUUGU